CUAAAUAACAAUAGCAUAGAAAGCUUACUCCUGCACGGCCGGGCCCUCCUCUCCAUUCCAAGGGGACCACGACUCGGUUCUACGGUUCGGGAUCUCCAGGAACCGUCUGAGAACCACCGCAGGCUUCCCGGUGGGGUGUCGGUGCGUUCCGUGGAAGGAGGGACUGUCGUGCUUGCGCCCGAGUCCGGAGUCGGCGCUCACCAUCGCGUAUAGCGCGACGUAUUUUUCUGGUAUUUUUUCGCAAUCGGAAGCAGCCGGAGUCCCUUUUUUUCCCAAAGAACGGGCCGAAAGCGGCGGCUGCCAGGAUGAAAUCCCUGUAUCGGAAGGUGGAGAGCUUCGACGGGCAAACCAUCACCAUAAACGGGAAGCCCAGCUACGAGCUCGGCAGCUUCCUUGGGGGAGGGGCGGCUGGAGUGGUGUAUGAGGGAACCGAUGUGUCCGACAAGUCUCAGAUCAGACCGGUGGCGAUCAAGAUCCUAAACCCGGUCGGCUUCCGCCUGGCGCCCGCGGUUACCCUCCGCCGCUGCAUCGUGGCGAGGCGUGGCCAGCAGGUCGGGGGCAGCAGCAGCAGCAGCGGGGCGGGCGCCGCCGCCUCCGCCUCCGAGGGUAGUAGCAGCGGCCACUCAUGCGGAGGGGCGGGGGGAGCUGCUGCCGUUGUUUCCGCAGGGCCGGGAUCCCCCGGAAGCGGCAGCGGGGGAGUGGGAGCCAGCAGGCAGCCGUCCAAGCUCGGGCCGGAGCACGUGUGGUGGCUGGUGAGCCCCAAUACCAAGCAGGUGCUGGCGGCGUACAUGGACCCAAGGUACGGGAGCCUGGUAGAGCUCCCGCUGCCCAAGUGCAUCGAGAUCUGGGGGCUUAACCCGAGGACGGAUGCCCCCCCGUCCCCCCCCCCCCCCGCCGCCGCCGCCGCCGCCGCCGCAUCGUCCUCCGCGUGUCGCUCUCCGAACGCCGAGUUUUCUCAUCACGACUGCUGGAACGAGAACGGCAUGGUGGGGGGAGGGGGUUUCGACAUGGACGGAGGCGGAGAUUCGCCGGGAGGGGGGUUGUCCGGCGGCGGCGGCGGGCGGGGAGCGUUCGAAGUCCAGGUGGACGGCAUGGGGGUGUCGAUCCCGUGGCUGCCCCCCAAGUACGUGCAGUGGCUCGCCCAGCGCCGGAAGGUGAAGCGGGAGAUCAACAACAUGGGCAGGGUCGGGGGCCACAGCAACGUCCUCCAGCUGCUCUCGGUGCUCGAGCUCCUCCAGGACUCCAAGAGCACGCUCUUCCUCAUCCUGGAGCUCGUCACGGGGGGCGAGCUGCUGGACCACAUCAGGCUGGCGGGGGAAGAGGGAAGCCGGGUGGCCGGCUCGAGGGCGAAGGCCGCGUCAGCGCUGAGGGCGGCGGGCGCGGCGCAGAGAUACUUCUCCCAGUUGCUCUCUGGGCUGGCCUAUUGCCACCGACGCGGGGUCUGCCACAGGGACUUGUCGCCGUCAAAUUUGCUGCUGGCGGAGUCGCCGCAGGGAGACGCGCCGCCGGAGCUGAAGGUGGCCGAUUUCGGGCUGUCGGCGUGCUGUGGCGGGGCCUUUUCGUCGACUGGAAAUGAGAACCAGGGCGCUCGAUCAAAAGAACGCCGCGGCCUCCCUCAGCGCGUGAGAUCCGUCGUGGGCAGCCCUUACUACAUGGCUCCCGAGGUGACCACCGGGAACUCGAAGGGGUACGACGGUUUCAAGGCGGACGCGUGGAGCUGCGGCGUGGUGUUGUACACCAUGCUGACCCAGAGCCUGCCCUUCGAUAGAGACCUCUCUCGGUGCCCCAGGUACAAACGUUUCAAGAUCUGGGCGGAGAAGCACAGCAUCGGGUCCGCACAGCACAGAGCAUCAGCAGCAACAGCGUUACACCGUUGUUCAUCCUCCGCGUCCUCCUCCUCGGCGACGCCACCGUCAUCAUCGGGAUUUGCGUCGGAAGCGGCGUUGCCGCAGCAAGCGUCAGCGUCGCCCAUACCGUCGCCCGUACCGCCGUCGCCGGCCCACAAACACAAGCCACCGCACGGGACGUCCGUGCUGAGAACCCCCGCCCCCCCCCCCCCGGUGCCCCCGGCGUGGCUCUUCCCACCUAUGAUCCCGCCGGCGGCGAGGGACCUCCUCGUGUCGCUGCUCGUCCCUAACCCUUCCCGCCGCAUGAGCGUAGAGCAGGCGCUCUCGCACCCGUGGCUGGAAGGCGGCUGGGGGAGCGAGGCAGCCGGUGGCGGGACUCCCGCCGCCGCCGUCGCUACGGCCGCCAGGCGAGAGGGGUCGACUGCACCGACGUCCUCGUUGCCGUUGGCUGCGAAGGAGGGCGGCGGCGGGGCGGCGGCGGCGGGCGGCGAGAGGUCUACGUGGGGGGCCGGGAGUGAGCAGCAGCAGCAGCAACAACAACAUCAGCACCGCCGGCAUAACCAGCACCAUGACGGUAGUGUCGUUAGCGGCGGAAGCGGUGCAUUUGCCACCGUUCCGGGCGACCGAAGUCGGAGACCCGUGGCUGGUUGGAAACCCAACGGAGGCGAGAACGAUUCUCCCGGCGGCGGCGGCGGCGGCAACCAGGGAACGUCGGCAGUCAACGCUAAGGCGUCGCUGCUGGCGAGGGAGAGAGGGGGCGGUGCGACAGCGAACGCUGGUGCGAAAAAGAAGAACGCCGAGCCCGUCCGCGAAUGGGCUUCGGCGAUCCCUUCCACGACGUCCUUCCCAUGAUUGGACGGAAAGAAAUAACAAGUGCAAAUAAAAACACGUGAGAACCACCACAUGGCAUGUUUUUUUUCUUUUUUCUUUUGACGAAGCGAACGCUUGUGCUUGUGUUGGCUGUGUUGCGGUGGGGGGGCGGGGGAAGGGAGAUCGAAGCGAAAGAAGCCUGCUCUUCGUGUUCGUUGUGUACGUGUCGUUGUAUUUGGUCGUGUCUCGGUGAUACUGUUAGAGAGUCGUCGUAUAUCAUGUCUGGGUGAUGCGGAGUCGUGGUAUGCCUCGAGAACCGCGGUAGGCAAGUGCCCACAAGCCGCAUAGUAGAGCAGCGCGCGACCAUAAGUUAAGCGAGGCGCGGGCGGGCGAGUGCCCGAAAGCCGCUUUUUUUUUGCAGUGCGCGACUACAUGUUAAGAGAGGCGCGGGGGAACGAGUUUCCGGUGCGGAUGAAACCUCUCGGCGGCGGGGGUUAGGCAUGUGGCGAUCCGUUGCCUUUUGUUCGUCUUCCUUCCCGGAUUUUUUUGCUGGUUUGUCUUGUGGAGGAUAGAUUGUGUACGGCGGCGUGAUCAUAACGGGACGAUGAUUUGCGAGGCGAGGCGCUGUAUGCCCCAAGUGUGUUUGUACUUCGUCGCCGCUGGUUUGUUCAAAGAUCGGGGGGUUGGGGAGGGGGGGGAGGGGGCGGGGGCGACGGAAGGAAAAUAGGGAGAAAUAUAGUUUGGCUACGGGGUUUCAGCAACGGUUACAUCUAUCUCCCCUUGGUCGGUGCGGUGUCUUGGCAUUAGUUGUUCUCCUUGUGCGGUAACGCCGUGGGGCCCGGACACAUGUGCGCCGCCGGAGCGGUACAGGAGUAGAAGGAGUCCGGUAGUCGGGUAGUGUUCGUUGGUCAUCGUGUUGGGGGCCCGCCUCGCUUGUUUGCCUCCCUUGUUGAGGCUGAACCGUCGCCAAUAGCCCCGCCUUGUCGGCCGAAUCCGCCGCAAUGGCGGGAUUUUGUUGGUAGCAACGGCGUUUUGAUUUCCGCAGCUUCUUGGGCGGUCCGCUGGCUUUCUUCUCCCAGCUCUCUUCGGCGUGACGGUAGAAGAGAGAUAGCGACGAACGGAGUAAGUACCAUUGGAGACACGAUACACUACAUAACAGACGAACGUUGUCGCGACAAGACAGCUCGAACCAAAGUUGCGUAUUGGGGGGUUCGGCGUGACUUGACUGCUUGCGUGACCCGGGGCGGGGGGUGGUGUACUCAUGGAACGGGAUAACUGCCGAUCUAUAGUUUAUGCUUUCCCCGGCACCUAGCGCCCGGUGGGUUUCUGUCUGUUCAUAUGUAGACUAAGAGCGAGAGGGUGUUUUUUCCGGGGGGGUUGCAACGGUUUUUCUACAAAGUGGUGCAUAUCUUUUGACUGUUUCCCUUGCGCGUGUGCGUGUCGUGUGUCCUGGUGGUAAGCGCCCGCCCGUCCGCAAGAUGUUGAUCGAUGGAUUGAUUGAUUUGUUGUCUUGUAUUUGUGAAUUAUGUCUACUUGCUCGUUGCAGUUCUGCGUGGUCUCCAUGCGCGGCACCCCGGAGGAGGGGAGGUAGAGCGGCGUGUUUUGUGUGUGUGUGUGUUGGAGAAUUAACGCUUGCCUCCUGCAUGUGCCGCCACCGCCGCCGCCGCCGCCGCCAGAGUCCGUUUUGGCUCUCGCUUGAAAGCUUCUCCGGAGAAGAUCUGUCCCAAGCGCCGUUUGUUGUUCGGUGCGUGUUUCCUCAUUUAUUUGUGUAUAGCUCGGCUACAUAGCACGGCGCCUCCGCGAGGUUGGAAAUGGUACCUAGGGUGGACUUUAAGUUUGUGUUGCGUAAGGCCAGGUCUAUCUGUUCCGUGUGUGUGGCUGCCAGAAGUGGGUGCCACGUUUUAUGUCUAGAAAGCCCUGUGCAUUUUCAUGGCCCUUAACCUCCGCGCUACAGCGGGGGAAGGAUCGAGCCUAGCCCGCGGAAUGUGCUUUGUGUCGUGGCAUGAAGUCAUGCGGAGUGCUGGGCUUAAAGCAGCUGCUUGAGCGUCAAUUAGAGAACCACCACCAUUGCAGCAUCGGACGAGCCCGGCACGGACAGAUUCGCAUGGAUGUGCUCGAUGCAUCGCAACAUGAAAGGAAUUCAAUGC